AUGGCAUUGCACAUUUUACGAAAAAUUCGAACUUCCGCUCUAACUUUUCUCCCUUCUUUCUUUCCUUCUUUCGUAUCUUUGUUCUUUUCUUUUACCAUUUCUUCUUUCUUCUCACUGAUCUUUUCUUCUUUCUUUUCAAUGUUCUUUCUUUACUUCUUUUUCUAUCUCUUCCUUCUAUCGUUCUUUUCUGUCUUUCUUCCAUUCUCCUUUCAUUUCUUUCCUCUUUUCUUUCGUCUUCCUUUCCAUUUAUCUACUCACUGUUCUUUUCUUCUUUCUUUCCUUCUCUCUGUUCCUUUCUUCUUUCUUUCCUUCUCUCUGUUCCUUUCUUCUUUCUUUCCUUCUUUCUUCUCUCUUUUCAAUGUUCUUUCCGUCUUUUUCUCUCUCUCUUCCUUCUUUCGUUCUUUCCUCUCUUUGUUCCAUUUUCCUUUCAUUCCUUUCCUCUUUUCUUUCGUCUUUCUUUCCAUUUGUCUACUCUCUGUUCCUUUCUUCUUUCUUUCCUUCUCCCUUCUCUCUCUUACUUUCUUCUUUCUUUCCUUCACUCUUCUCUCUUUCCAAUGUUCUUUCUUUCCUUCUUUUUCUCUCUCUUCCUUCUUUCGUUCUUAUCUGUCUUUGUUCCAGUCUCCUUUCAUUCCUUUCCUCUUUUCUUUCGUCUUUCUUUCCAUUUGUCUAUUCUCUCUUCCGUUCUUCUUUCUUUCCUUCUCUCUGUUCCUUUCUUCUUUCUUUCCUUCUUUCUUCUCUCUUUUCAAUGUUCUUUCCGUCUUUUUCUCUCUCUUCCUUCUUUCGUUCUUUCCUCUCUUUGUUCCAUUUUCCUUUCAUUCCUUUCCUCUUUUCUUUCGUCUUUCUUUCCAUUUGUCUACUCUCUGUUCCUUUCUUCUUUCUUUCCUUCUCCCUUCUCUCUCUUACUUUCUUCUUUCUUUCCUUCACUCUUCUCUCUUUCCAAUGUUCUUUCUUUCCUUCUUUUUCUCCCUCUUCCUUCUUUCGUUCUUUUCUGUCUUUGUUCCAUUCUCCUUUCAUUCCUUUCCUCUUUUCUUUCGUAUUUCUUUCCAUUUGUCUAUUCUCUCUUCCGUUCUUCUUUCUUUCCUUCUCCCUUCUCUCUCUUACUUUCUUCUUUCUUUCCUUCACUCUUCUCUCUUUCCACUGUUCUUUCUUUCCUUCUCCUUCUCUCUCUUACUUCUUUCGUUCUUUCCUCUCUUUGUUCCAUUUUCCUUUCAUUCCUUUCCUCAUUUCUUUCUUCUUUCUUUCCAUUUGUCUACUCUCUGUUCCUUUCUUCUUUCUUUCAUUCUCCCUUCUCUCUCUUACUUUCUUCUUUCUUUCCUUCACUCUUCUCUCUUUCCAAUGUUCUUUCUUUCCUUAUUUUCUCUCUCUUCCUUCGUUCGUUCUUUUCUGUCUUUGUUCCAUUUUCCUUUCAUUCCUUUCCCCUUUUCUUUCUUCUUUCUUUCCAUUUGUCUACUCUCUGUACCUUUCUUCUUUCUUUCCUUCUCCCUUCUCUCUCUUACUUUCUUCUUUCUUUCCUUCACUCUUCUCUCUUUCCAAUGUUCUUUCUUUCCUUCUUUUUCUCUCUCUUCAUUCUUUCGUUCUUUUCUGUCUUUGUUCCAUUCUCCUUUCAUUCCUUUCCUCUUUUCUUUCGUCUUUCUUUCCAUUUGUCUAUUCUCUCUUCCGUUCUUCUUUCUUUCCUUCUCUCUGUUCCUUUCUUCUUUCUUUCCCACCUUCUUCUCUCUUUUCAAUGUUCUUUCUUUAAUUCUUUUUCUCUCUCUUUCUUCUUUCGAUCUUUCCUCUCUUUGUUCCAUUACCCUUUCAUUCCUUUUCUCUUUUCUUUCUUCUUUCUUUCCUUCUCCCUUCUCUCUCUUACUUUCUUCUUUCUUUCCUUCACUCUUCUCUCUUUCCAAUGUUCUUUCUUUCUUUCUUUUUCUCUCUCAUCCUUCUUUCGUUCUUUCCUCUCUUUGUUCCAUUUCCCUUCCAUUCCUUUUCUCUUUUCUUUCUUCUUUCUUUUCUUUUGUCUACUCUCUGUUCCUUUCUUCUUUCUUUCCGUCUCUCUUCUCUCUGUUACUUUCUUCUCUCUUUCCUUCUUUCUUCUCUCUUUUCAAUGUUCUUUCUUUAUUUCUUUUUCUCCCUCUUCCUUCUAUCGUUCUUUUCUGUCUUUCUUCCAUUCUCCUUCCAUCCUUUUUCUCUCUUUUUUCUUUCCUUUUGUCUAUCUCACUGUUGUUUUUUUUUCUAUCUUCCCUUUUCUCUGUUCCUUUCUACUUUCUUUCUUUCACUAUUCUCUCUUUUCAAUUUUUUUCUUUCCUUCUUUCCUCUCUUUAUUCCAUUCUUCUUCAAUUCCUUUUCUCUCUUCUUUCUUCUUUCUUUUCUUUUGUCUACUCACUGUUGCUUUUUUUUCUAUCUUCCCUUUUCUCUGUUCCUUUCUUCUUUCUUUCCUUUCCUCUGUUCCUUUCUUCUUUCUUUCCUUCUUUUCCUCUCUCUUCCUUCGUUCGUUCUUUCCUUUCUUUGUUCCAUUCUCCUUCAUUCCUUUUCUCUUUUCUUUCUUCGUUCUUUCCUUUUGUCUACUCUCUAUUCCUUUCUACUUUCUUUCCUUCUAUCUUCUCUCUGUUGUUUCUUCUUUCUUUCCUUCUCUCUUCUCUCUGUUCAUUGCGUCUUUCUUUCCUUUUCUCUGUUACUUUCUUCAUUCUUUCCUUCUUUCUUCUCUCUUUUCAAUGUUCCGUCUUUCCUUCUUUUCCUCUCUCUUCCUUCGUUCGUUCUUUCCUUUCUUUGUUCCAUUUUCCUUCCAUUCCUUUUCUCUUUUCUUUCUUCGUUCUUUCCUUUUGUUUACUCUCUAUUCCUUUCUUCUUUCUUUCCUUCUCUCUGUUCCUUUCUACUUUCUUUCAUUCUUUCUUCUCUCUUUUCAAUGUUCUUUCUUUCUUUCUUUUUCUCUCUCUUCCUUCUUUCGUUAUUUCCUUUUGUUUGUUCCAUUCUCCUUCCAUUCCUUUUCUUUUUCUUCUUUCUUUCUUUUGUUUACUCACUGUUCCUUUCUGUCUUUUCUUUCCUUCUCCCUGUCCUUUCUUCUUUCUUUCCUUCUCUCUGUUCCUUUCUUCUUUCUUUCCUUCUCUCUGUUCCUUUCUUCUUUCUUUCCUUCUCUCCGUUCCUUUCUACUUUCUUUCAUUCUUUCUUCUCUCUUUUCAAUGUUAUUUCUUUCCUUCUUUUUCUCUGUCUUCCUUCUUUCGGUCUUUCCUCUCUUUGUUCCAUUCUCCUUCCAUUCCCUUUCUAUUUUCUUUCUUCCUUCUUUCUUUUUAUCUACUCUCUGUUCCUUUCUUCUUUCUUUCCUUUCCUCUGUUCCUUUCUUCUUUCUUUCCUUCUUUUCCUCUCUCUUCGUUCUUACGUUCUUUCAUUUCUUUGUUCCAUUCUCCUUCAUUCCUUUUCUCUUUUCUUUCUUCGUUCUUUCCUUUUGUCUACUCUCUAUUCUUUUCUUCUUUCUUUCCCUCUCUCUGUUCCUUUCUACUUUCUUUCAUGCUUUCUUCUCUCUUUUCAAUGUUCUUUCUUUCUUUCUUUUUCUCUCUCUUCCUUCUUUCGUUAUUUCCUUUGUUUGUUCCAUUCUCCUUCCAUUCCUUUUCUUUCUUCUUUCUUUCUUUUUGUUUACUCACUGUUCCUUUCGUCUUUCUUUCCUUCUCCCUGUCCUUUCUUCUUUCUUUCCUUCUCUCUGUUCCUUUCUUCUUUCUUUCCUUCUCUCUGUUCCUUUAUACUUUCUUUCAUUCUUUCUUCUCUCUUUUCAAUGUUAUUUCUUUCCUUCUUUUUCUCUGUCUUCCUUCUUUCGUUCUUUCAUUUCUUUGUUCCAUUCUCCUUCCAUUCCUUUUCACUUUUCUUUCUUCUUUCUUUCCUUUUGUCUACUCUCUGUUACUUUCUUCUUUCUUUCCUUCUUUCUUCUCUCUUUUCAAUGUUCUUUCUUUCCUUCUUUUUCUCUUUCCUCCUUCUUUCGUUCUUUCCUCUCUUUGUUCCAUUCUCCCCCCCAUUCUUUCUUCCUUCUCUUUUUUCUUUUUCUCCUCUCUGUUUCUUUCUUCUUUCUUUCCUUCUUUCUUCUCCCUAUUCUUUUUUUCCAUCCUUUCUUUCUUCUCUCUCUUUCUUUCUUCUUCAUUUCUCUCUUUCUUCUCUGUCUUCCUUUCUUCUCUCUUUCCUCUUCUUUCUUCCUUAUUUGCUUUUUUCUUCUCUCUGUUCCUUUCGUCAUCCUUUCCUCCUUUCUUAUGUCUCAUCCUUUCGUCUUUAUUGCCUUCUUUUUUCUCCCUCUUCCUUUCUUUGUAUAUCCUUCUUUCUUCUUUCUCUGUUCCUUUCUUCCUUCUUUCCUUCUUUCUUCACACUGUUCCCUUCUUCUUUUCCUAUUAUGCUGUUCUGUCUUUCAUUUCUUCGUCUAAUUCUUUCUUUCUUUCUUUCUUUCUUUCUUUCUUUCUUUCUUUCUUUUACUUUCUUUCAAUGUUUCUUUCGUCCUUUCUUUCUUUUUGUCUCCUCGUUCCAAACUUAAAUUCUUGGCUUAAUUCCUUCUUUCUUUUCCUAAGUUGUACCUCCUUAUCUUUUUCCGUUUUAACUGUUUCUUUCUUUCUCUCUUUUUCUCUUUCUUUUUCUCAUUUUUAG